AUGAUGGAGGAGCGAGCGGCCGCCGCCGUCGCCGCCGCCGCCUCCCCCUGCCGCCCGCUCGGCUCCGGCACGGGUCCCGGCCCGACGGGGGCGGCCCCGGCUUCUGCCCCUGCCCCCGGGCCUGGCCCGGCAGGGAAGGGCGGCGGCGGCGGAGGCAGCCCCGGGCCCACAGCGGGCCCGGAGCCCCUCAGCCUGCCGGGGAUCCUGCACUUCAUCCAGCACGAGUGGGCGCGCUUCGAGGCCGAGAAGGCCCGCUGGGAGGCCGAGCGCGCCGAGCUGCAGGCCCAGGUGGCCUUCCUCCAGGGAGAGAGGAAGGGGCAGGAGAAUCUGAAGACGGACCUGGUGCGGCGGAUCAAGAUGCUGGAGUACGCGCUGAAGCAGGAGAGGGCCAAAUACCAUAAACUGAAGUUCGGGACAGACUUGAACCAGGGUGAGAAGAAGCCAGAUCUGUCAGAACAAGUCUCCAAUGGCCCUGUGGAGUCAGUUACCCUGGAGAACAGCCCGCUGGCGUGGAAGGAGGGGCGACAGCUUCUCCGACAGUACCUGGAAGAGGUGGGCUACACGGACACCAUCCUGGACAUGCGGUCCAAGCGCGUGCGUUCCCUGCUGGGCCGCUCACUGGAGCUCAACGGGGCCGUGGAGCCGAGCGAGGGCCCCCCCAGGGCCGCGCAGGGCCCCGGGGCGCUCAGCGGCGGCGAGUCCCUGCUGGUGAGGCAGAUCGAGGAGCAGAUCAAGAGGAACGCGGCAGGCAAGGACGGCAAAGAGCGCCUGGCCGGCUCGGUGCUGGAGCAGAUCCCCUUCCUGCAGAGCUGUGAGGACGAGGACAGCGACGAGGACGACGAGCUGGGCGGCGUGCAGCACAAGAAGCAGCGCGGGAAGUUGCCGUCCAAGGCGCUGGCGCCCGAGAUAGAGGAUGAAGACGAGGACGACUCUGAGGACGCCAUCAACGAGUUCGACUUCCUGGGCUCAGGCGAGGACGGGGAGGGGGGCCCAGACCCUCGGCGCUGUGCUGCGGAUGGAAACCCCCAUGAGCUGGAAAGCCGUCGGGUCAAACUCCAGGGGAUCCUGGCUGACCUUCGGGAUGUGGACGGGCUGCCCCCCAAAGUGACAGGCCCCCCUCCUGGCACGCCCCAGCCCCGGCCUCAUGAAGGUUCCUUUGGCUUCUCCUCAGACGUCUUCAUCAUGGACACUAUCGGGGGCGGGGAGGUGAGCCUGGGGGACUUGGCGGAUCUCACCGUCACCAACGACAACGACCUCAGCUGUGACCUGUCGGACAGCAAAGACGCCUUCAAGAAGACGUGGAACCCCAAGUUCACCCUCCGCUCGCACUACGACGGCAUCCGCUCGCUGGCGUUCCACCGCAGCCAGUCGGCGCUGCUCACCGCCUCCGAGGACGGCACGCUGAAGCUCUGGAACCUGCAGAAGGCGGCCGCGGCCAGGAAGAAUGCCGCCCUGGACGUGGAGCCCAUCCACGCCUUCCGGGCCCACAGGGGCCCUGUGUUGGCAGUGGCCGUGGGCAGCAACAGCGAGUACUGUUACAGUGGGGGCGCAGAUGCCCGCAUCCACGGCUGGAAGAUUCCAGACCUCAACAUGGAUCCCUACGACGGCUACGACCCCAGCGUCCUGAGCCACGUCCUGGAGGGCCACGGGGACGCCGUGUGGGGCCUGGCCUUCAGCCCCGCCUCGCAGCGCCUGGCCUCCUGCUCCGCCGACGGCACCGUCCGCGUCUGGGACCCCAGCGGCAGCCCGGCCUGCCUGUGCACCUUCCCCGCAGCCAGCGGGCACGACGUCCCCACCUCUGUGGCCUUCACCAGCACCGAACCCGCGCACAUCGUGGCCGCCUUCCGCUCCGGGGACACCGUGCUGUACGACCUGGAGACGGGCAGCGCCCUCCUCACGCUGGAGUCCCGGGGGAGCAGCGGCCCAACCCAGAUCAACCAGGUGGUGAGCCACCCCAGCCAGCCCCUCUCCAUCACUGCCCAUGACGACAGGGGCAUCCGCUUCCUGGACAACCGCACAGGUAAAUCCGUGCACUCCAUGGUCGCCCACCUGGAUGCUGUCACCUGCCUCGCCGUGGACCCCAAUGGCGUCUUCCUCAUGUCAGGAAGCCAUGACUGCUCCCUGCGCCUGUGGAGCCUGGACAACAAGACGUGCGUGCAGGAGAUCACGGCCCACCGCAAGAAGCACGAGGAGGCCAUCCACGCCGUGGCCUGCCACCCCAGCAAGGCCCUCAUCGCCAGCGCUGGCGCCGACGCCCUGGCCAAGGUCUUCGUAUGAUGCCCACAGGCUGCUGCGCUGGCUGGAGAGGGGCCGGGCAGGGGGCCCAGGUGAGGGGCUGGGGCCCUCUGCGCUCUGGAUGGGGAGGCAGAAACCCCACCCCUGCCCGCACGUGGCCCGGAUGUGGCCGGACAUCUGCUCGCUGGCACUGCCUGCUUGGCCCGAGUGCCCGGUGCUGGAACUGCUGAGGUGACCCCGCCGUGGGGCACGGGCACUGGAGGCCACGCUGCAGUGUCCCCCCCCCGUCUCCUGCAGGGGACUCCGCCUCGUGCCGAGGCCCAGAGGCCUGCGUGGAGCCCGGUGGUGCUAACGGCCCUUUCCCCGGGCCCCUCCCCUCGGCUCUCCCGCCCCGUGCCCCAGCCUGGGCCGGCCCCUCCAGGACGGCCGCUGGGGUCUUCCUGCCCUGUCCCACACCCACUGCCUUCCUAAAGGCAGGGUAGCCGGGCAUGGGGUGGGCGGUCCUUGGGGAUGUUUUUCCAAGAUGCCAGAAGGUGCCAGGCUCUCCCUCCUCUGGGGCCCCGCCCUGCCCGCCAUCCCCCACCCUGGCUGGGAGCCGCACUGGGAGAAUCCCCGAGCCCCCUCCCCUGCUUUCCAGACACUAACCCAGGCCUCCAGGGCCCGAGCUGCCUGGGGGAGGGGCCCCCUGCCCCGGAGGAGAGGCCCCCGCCCCACCCUGUAUAUCUGUAUAAAUGGGAUGUAAUGGCGCUGCCCCGUGUUAUCACUGUGUGAUAGUCAGCUCCCACCGCCACUCUUGUCUAUUUAUUUCACUCUUCUUUCGGGUCCGCCCUGCGCCCUCCGUCCCCCCUUCAGGUUCCUGUUUAUAAGGCCCUCCCCCUGCCCCGAACUUGUAUGUGAAGACUUGUCUCAAUAAACCCUUUGGA